AUGCCCGGCAGCUCGCUGGGGUAUGCUGGCCAGCACGAGCUGAAGAUGCAGUCUCGCGCGCCCGAGACGUCGGGGGGGCAUCAAGGGGAAGCGCGAUCGCCUCCUCCGUCGCAGGUUGCCGGCAACGAUGGAGGCGCGGCUCCGAAUCUUCCGGACACCAAGCAGCCGGGCAGCGAGACGAGAGAUGCGUUCAGGCCCGAGCCUCUGGAGGCGUAUGACUACGCAGCGGCGCAGCGCCUCACACCGCCGCGCUACUUCUUCGAGCCGAAGUACCAGUUCCCGCACGACUCGCUGGCGCCCCGCAGGCUCCGGUCGCCGAAGGUGCUGCCCCCAAGCGAUGGCGCCGGGCUCCUCGGCGGCACCAAGUGGCACGGGAAGCCCACGCCGUACCUUGGCAAGGGGAGGCCACCCGUGACGCAGGAAGAGGAGCCGAGGCUGGGCAAGAGGAUGCUGGACAACUCUCAUAUCUUCAAGUCUGUCACGGACCGGGACGUCCUCGGCCAGAAUGACUUCAAGGGACUGCCCGAGGACCCCCUGGUGUUUGGUCGCCGCCCCAUGAACACUGCUUUCGAAGCCGCGGAGCGCAAGGGGUACCGCCUCGUCGGAGGCCGCGUCGAGUAUGGCGCGAACUUCGACGAUUCGGACAGGAAGGCCAGGGGGCGCGGUGUGCCCACGAGGGCGUCCCGCGUGGCGACGGCCGCCCGCACGAUGGGCCAGAUGGAGGCGAUGUCACCCAAGGAUGUGGACCCUGACCUGGAGAUGCGGUUCGGCAAGGCGCACGUUCCUGAGAAGCCGCGCGACCUCGCGGGAGAUGUCGUCCGCUACCGGUACAGCGCCCUGGCGGACAAGUACGGGCGCUGGGACCCCACACGCGACGCGGAGCGCGCAGAUUAUGAGCGCCGCGUGGGCGAGAAGCAGUUCGCGGCCACGAGCCUGCACUCGGAAUACUACUACAAGCUGAAUCGGGCGCGAGCGCAAGCUGCUAGCACCGCCUUCACCGACCCGCUGUACACGAGGCGCCCCGCGACUGCGGGCCCGUACUGA